AUGGGAGACCUUAACGCAAAAAGGAAAGAAGGGAAAGGGAAAGGGGGAAAAAGGAAGGAAGGAAAGAAGGGGAAAAGGAAGGAAGAAGGAAAAGGAAGGAAGGAAGGAAGGAAGGAAGGAAGGAAAGGGAAAGGGAAAGGAAUGAAGGAGGAAGGGAAAGGGAAAGGGGGAAAAGGGAAGGGAAGGGAAAGGGAAGGGAAAGGGAAAGGGAAAGGAAAGGGGAAAAAGGGGGAAAAAAAGGAAGGAAAAGGAAAGGGAAAGGAAGGGAAAGGGAAAGGGAAAGGGAAGGAGGAAAAAAAGGGGAAGGAAGGAAGGAAGAAGGAAGGAGAAGGAAGGGAAGGAAGGAAGGAAGGAAGGAAGGAAGUCGGAAGGAAGGAAGGAAGGAAGGAGGAAGAGGAAGGACGGAAGGAAGGAAAGGAAGGAAGGAGGAAGGAAGGAAGGAAGGAAGGAAGGAAGGAAGGAUGA